ACGCCUUCAGCCAACAAUAACAAUGAAGAUCUGAGUCAUGUGUAAGAGCGACGAUGAUCUUAUUUUCCACCAAUACCGACCCUAAAAGCACCUCUUGCAUGGAACAUGCUUUUGUAACACAGUUUUUGUAGAAUCAUGAUGGCUUACGAACUUGCGAAUCAAGAAAACAGCGGACAGUUCUUGCGGAGGAGUUCCAGAACCUGAAAUAUCGUUGAAUGAGCCUCUGUCAAAGGCUGCAAUCGCAUCCCAUUAUUGUUUCGGCGGUACUGAAACGAACGUAUCACUUCUGGCGGUAAACGUCCUCGGUGGAAGUUCAACGAGCUAUGUCUUCUGAAAUAAACGAUCGUUGCCUUCAGGGUGGAAUAAGAAGUUGUGGGGGAUGCGGAGAAAAAAUUUUGGAUCGAUUUCUUUUGCUCGCCUUGGAUCAGUACUGGCAUGUAAACUGCCUGAAAUGUUCGUGCUGCAACGUGAGUUUGGGAGAUGUGGGAUCGUCUUGUUAUGCCAAAGGCGGAAUGAUCUUGUGUAAAAACGACUACGUAAAGUUGUAUGGCUCAAGCGGAGCAUGCGCCGUGUGCGCUAAGUUGAUUCCCGCCACCGAGUUUGUAAUGAAGGUUUUGGGAAAAGUUUACCACAUCGACUGCUUUAAUUGCACAACUUGUCAUAACCCACUAGUGGCCGGUGACCGGUUUCACGUUGUCAACGGGAGGCUGUUCUGUGAGAAUGACGACCCGAGACUACUAAAACAACAACUCCACGCACCAAAACAAACGGUAUGUUAAUGGAAAGCGAGGGAUUCGCAUGUGAUUAGCUUCAAAAAAUGACAAAAUUAGAAGGUUUUUGUCUGGGCCUGGACGAGGGAUAGACGAGUCCUGUACCCGUGAUAACUUUGAAGCCUCUAAUGGAAAAUUGAAAGUUCCCCCAGGCAGACACCCCAAAAGGGUCAUUUGAACACUACAAUAUAAAUGAAUCCUCCACGGUGGCUAAUUAGUGUAGUUUAUUUAGCUUUGGAUGUCGAAAUGGAAGUAGCAAAGCCAUUGCUGAACGAAAGGAUUAUUUCGUCUAAGUGGCCUUGGAAUAACAUGUGUUAAAUUUUGAAAGAAUGAAAAUUCAUUUGAAUAUGUUUUAGUUUAGCUCGGAAUCAUACAGCUUUGCAAAGAUAAACUGAAAGUAGAUUUGCAACGCAUCAGUUACGGAGACAAGGGUACGAACUAGAGGAGGAAAAAAUGAAAAAAAUUGCAAUCGUUCUUGAGAAUUUAUAUUUGGAAAGAAAAGAGGAAUCAUACCUAGAUAUUCUGAUUUCUAAUUUAAACAAAUUUAGUAUUGUACGUAGAAUAUAUUACUAAUGCUUGAACAAGAAAAAUAAUAAACAUUGUGAAAAUGCAUGGCCACAUACAAGUGUAGAUAAAUGGUAAAAUGUGUAAAGUUCUUUAAAUAAAAUUGUAACUCUAAAACCA